AUGUCUGAAACCACCCUCACUAUUUGGUAUAUCCCCAGGACGCCAUAUCCCAGGCGCCUGACGAACUACCUCCUCGCCAAACACCUCCCCCGCUCCCUCUUCGAAAGCGGCCGGCUGCAACUCAUCCCAGUCCGGAUGGAUCCCGCGAAGGGCACAUUCGAGACCCUUACCGGCUGCGAGCCCAAGCCCGAGGGCUUCACGCUGCCUGUCCUCCGCGUGUCGAGCAGCGACAAUACCACCGACCCGUAUUGGAUCACCCAGUCGGCCUCCAUCCUGGAAUACCUCGAAGCGACUUUCCCCGCCGCAGCGGGCUUCCGCGACCUGAGCGGCUCUACGCUAGAACGGCAGGCUCGCACGCGCGACAUUGUCCUCUUCGCCCACGAGCUGAUGCAGUGGUCCAACGUGCAGAUGCGGCAUGGGUCCAAGGAACGCAUGCACUGGUUCGGGAUCAAGCCCGAGCACUUCAGCGCCCCGGCGUCCGCUGAUGCGCACUUGCAAGUUCGCAAGCUGCUGGCGAGAGUGGAUGGCCUGGUUAGAGACGAUGUCUUGGACAGGCAGAGCUUGAGUCUUGCUGGCGGAAACGAUGUCACGAUCGCUGAUUGUGUUUUCGCUGCUUUUGUUGCGUGUGGCAGGGACUUGAUGGGAGUGGAUUGGAUUGACGGCAUGGAGGCGCUGACUCGGUGGUACGAUCGAGCAUCGGCAAACAAGUGGCUUCCGUCUCCGGAGACCAUUGCAGAGUUGGAAAAGGGGAAUUCGGGGGUUCUAUUUGUAGGCGAGGUCCCCGGAAAGCAGUAG